AUCUACGUCUAAUUGUGUGUAUGUAUUGAAGAGAAUUUUCCAAAACCUAGCCUUCUAAACUUUCUGUGAAAAGUCUUCAAGAUGUUGUAUUUAGAAGAUUAUUUGGAAAUGAUUGAGCAGUUACCAAUCGAAUUGAAAGAGAGAUUCACGGAAAUGAGAGAAAUGGAUCUUCAAAUUGAAAAUUCUGUGGAUACAAUAGAAGAAAAAGUGAAGAAAUUUUUUGAGGCUGCCAAAAAAUUAAAAACUGAAUCAAAACAACAGCAGUAUGAUACAUUACGAAAGGAAUAUUAUAAACUGUUAGACAGUGCAGAUGAAAAAGUUCAAAUAGCGAACCAAGUAUAUGACACAGUUGAAAGAUAUUUACGAAAACUUGAUCAAGAAGUGAGUAGAUUCAAAAUGGAGCUAGAAGCAGAUCAUGCGGGUAUUACAGAGGUUCUUGAGAGAAGAUCUUUAGAAUUAGAUAGUUCACAGCCUAUGAAGUCAGGGUCCGCAAAGUCAGACAAGAGGAAGGUCUCCCACGAUAACCAUGUAGACAAACGGGUAAAUGCAGACAAGAUCCUGUCCACCUUGGCUACCAAUGCAGUGCAGGACAUCGCACCAUCACGGAGUAGUAGUCUAAGUUCCAAUAGCAAUUCCCUUGUGAAUUCCAGGGAGAGUUCAGGCAACUCUCAACCAUCCUUACCCUACAGCCUGGAUAAUGUGGGUUCAAGUAGCGCAAUAGCUAUGGCUGCAGCACAGGCUGUCUCAAAUACGUUACAUAUGCAGCAAGGAAGGAGAACAGCAAGCUUGAAGGCCAGCUAUGAAGCUAUAAAGUCUGGGGGUUACUCUGGGCUUGGUACGUUAGGCAGGGACUUCACCUAUGGAAACACUUCGACCUCAGAUGGAGUCCCAUCAUCCUCUUCCUCAAGCACUAAAUCUAGCCGCCACAGAAACAAGAAGAGGAAAAAGGGUAGCAGCAGUUUAGAUUUACACAAGAGUUCAUCCAGUUCCACCAGUCAGCAGCAGCAGCAGCAGACACAGCAGCAGACACAGCUGCAGCAGCAGCAGCAAGGGGUAGAACUGACUCCUCUCACAGAACCUUUAACAGAACAACCUGCUGAAGAUACCACAACGACAUAUGAUUGGACCUUUGAUCCAAACGAACCUAGAUACUGCUUGUGUAACCAGGUGUCUUAUGGUGAAAUGGUGGGAUGUGAUAACCCCAAGUGUCCAAUCGAAUGGUUCCAUUAUGGCUGCGUAGGGAUCACCAAUCCGCCCAAGGGUAAGUGGUUCUGUCCGCAGUGUGCCUCUGCCAUGAAACGUAGAGAAAAGAAGGACACACCAUCGUCAUCAUCAUCAUCGUCCUCUCACAAGCAGAAAUGACUA